CCACAUAUGGUAUUCCGUGAUGCACAGCUUCGUGUUAAGGACAUAAUAAUGACUGAUGCAGGGGUAUAUGUCUUCACCUGAUUAAUCACUCGUCUUCAAUUGUUACAGUGCAUACAUAACAUUACCAGCUGACGAGCAACCAUUAGACUUGCAGCUCACAGCCAUGUCGGACGCUGACAUGAGACACCUCCUGCUAUUGGUAAUAUGUUUGGGCCCCCUUGCUGUGUGUGCCCAAGAACUCGUUAUUGGUCCACCAAUGGAUGAAUUAAUGGCGUACCACGUUUCGUUUCCAAUGCAAUGCGAAGUUCCUGGACUGCCAGACGGUAUUGAUGCCAAGUUAGAAUGGCUGGACAGGAACAACAAUGUUAUUGGACGCGACUGGGACAAACGCAUCCACACAUCCUAUUCAGGGCGAAGCUUAAUAUUAUUCUUCAAAAAUUGGAGAGAUGAAGACGCAGGCACAUAUACGUGUAGAGGAAAGGUCUGGGAUACGACUAUGAAUAAAUCAAGACAGCUCUAUUUCAAUGAAACCCCAGAUAUUGUCAUCUCCACAUCUGGAGAUAUAACGCGAGUCCAAGACACAGGUGAACAGAUCCUCACUUGUGAGGCGCUGGGACUCUCAGACGAUCAAGUUGCCAACUUAGAAUGGCUUGACAACAACAACAAAUCCAUUGGACCUUUCAGUGAAAAUGACCCCAAAAGCAGCAGGGUCUACACAAGGAAACUUGGUCGACGACGCCAGCUGAAGUUUAAUCAAGUGAAGCUUGAAGACCACGGAACAUAUACAUGCAGAGGAAAAGUUGGUGGUGACACAAUACUUAAGUCUUUUCAUCUCAAUGUUUAUGGGGUUGUCAUACUUCCACAACAGACCGUUAUAAGGCGGGAAAGGGACACAGGUCUAGCGUUGUAUUGCCAAGUCACCGAACCGUCAGGCGGCAGAGAUGUAACUGUAGACUGGCUGUACCCAAACGGCUAUUCCAUAUCACGUUAUGACCCAGAUUAUCCUCCAGCCAACAGAUACUUCACACAGAAGACAUUCUUGGGCAGCACACUGUUCUUUGACGAACUGAGAAAAGGAGACAAGAGUACAUAUACAUGUCGUGCCAUAAUAGACGGAAAUACCGUCCGCAGAGAAAUACAACUCAAAUUGUACGUUCCCCCUAAAAUCGUUAUUACUCCAUCAGAAGAUAGGAUAAGGCGACAGAAGGACACUUCAGCAUCUAUGUAUUGCAAAGUCGAUGGACUUUCAGGCGACGAACUGCAAGAUGCCAAGUUCGAAUGGCUGGACAAAAAUGACGAUAUCAUUGGAUCUUACAUCAGAAACGAUUCAAAACGCAACAGGGUCUACACGUUAAAACUUCCCGAUGCAACCCGCCUUCAGCUUGACCAGUUGACCAGUGGCGAGCGAGGGACAUACACCUGUAGGUGUACAGUCGGGGGCAACAUCAUGAUCAAAGACAUUCAACUUAUUAUCUACGGUAAGCCAGAUACACCAACGAAUCUGCAAGCCGCCACCUUGGACUCGCGUUCCAUUACCAUCACAUGGGACAAAGGCUUCAACGGCUCCUAUAAACAACGUUUCAACAUAGAAUACAGACAACCUGGCGGUCAAUGGAUCACCCAUCCAUCCAUGCCCAGGGAGGACCACGCCCUUCAACUGAAGCUGGAUGGUCUAAAACCGGCAACAAUGUACGACAUUCGGCUAAAUGCUGUGAAUGAAUAUGGUUCCAGUAACUACACGUUCGUCAAUGUGACAACUUUGACAAUGUGACAACUUUGACGCCUUAUAACAUCGCCAUCAGCACCACACAUUAAUCUUACAUUCUGAUGUUGCACCAACCCCUGCUGUCAGAACUUCACAUACUAUAUUCAUAGUAGUAACCUUGUUAUUGUUGCUGCAGCUGUGAGUUAGUCUUGUGAUUAAAAUGUUACCUCAUCACGAACAAGAGCAGAUUUCGUGUCCCGGAAAUGUGUUAAGCUAGGUUUUGACGUCCUCAGCCUUGCCAGUUUUGGAAUAAUAUAUGAAGCGGCGUUACACUCACUCACUCACUAAUUUCCCACAUACGUAUUAGUAAUAA